CACUAUUUCAAGCCUGCUGGUAAAGAUCAUGGGAACGGAAACACUUUUGCUAGACCCGCAAUUGAAAUGGUGGAUGCUUCUCCCGAUUUCAGUGGCUAUGGUCUUGGUCGGAAUUUUGCGCUCCAAUAUCACUUUCCUUCUCACUCUGAAGCGCAAGGCACUUCCAGUCAAAGCCGCCAGAGAACAGGAUUUUCUCAAGCGGGCUAUUGCGUUCAAAACCAACGCCGGAAUUUUGACUUCAUCCGAAUUUGAGACACGGCAACAAUACCUUAUCAAAAGCCUCCGAAGCACAGAUUUCUGGGAAAAAGUAGAAGAGCCUAAUAAACUGGCUAAUCCGCUUGUGGACCCGACCACCAACGACGCGUUAAUGAAUAUGGCCAAAGGCAAUAUCAUGAGCUAUGUACCACAAACAUUGAUCAUGGGGUGGGUCAAUUAUUUUUUUGUCGGGUCAGUUGUGAUGAAACUCCCAUUUCCGCUUACCGAUGGAUUUAAGAGCAUGCUUCAGAACGGAGUCAACACACCUAAUUUGGAUCCGCGGUACGUGUCGGCGAUCUCGUGGUACUUUGUUAAUUUGUUUGGUCUCCGGCCCAUUUACUCACUCCUUAUGGCCGAUCCAAAGGCAGCACGUGAUAUAGUAGCACAGCAACAACAACAGCAGCAAGUCAUGCCAAAUCUUGGAGGUGCAGGCGGCCCAAAAGUAGAGAAAGUGUUCAAAGCUGAGGCAGAAAGCAUCCAGAUUUUGGACCACGAGUACGUCCUUGCAGGAAUUACGCAGAGAAUCUUGGAAAAAUAUGACUCUUAAGAUGGAAUGUUUCGAUAAUAAUUUUAUGCUAUACAUCGAGUGAAGGCCCUGUUUCUUUCUAGGGCGUUGAAAGCAACGAAUAGAGCAAUGAUGGAGGCCCCCAUAUGCAUGUUGAGCUCUAUGCACAUGUAUCUUCAAAUAUAUAUUCGGAAACGGCUGAAGAUCUGUAGGCUUUCUCACGAGGCGUCUGCAUUAAACUGUUGGCCUUGAGCUUCGUGAUAUCUCUAAGUGUGGAGUAUAUAGGGCGUACUGCUUUUUGACUUAUAGAAUUUCUCAAGAGUCCAGAAACAUUCUGCGAUCCCAUGUCUCGCUGAUGUAUCGUUCUCAGUACCCAGAACUACUGUAUAUGAGAAGAACAUUCGUUCAUUGUGAUGACUAAAGAUCUGUCCACUCGGG